UUGGGACAGUCGGAUUGACAGUCGUGAAAUUUCAUUUUUUGGCUGCACUUCGCGAGCAAUUAGUGAAAUUCCACGAAAAGCCCUCUUUCACUGUGAUUCAGGUGAAGUGAGAUUGUUGGAAAAUCAUCUACGAUGGCAUCUCGAGAAGCUACGCACGCUGGAAGUUGGUACACGGAUUCAGAGAGCGAACUCAACCGGCAGCUGGACAACUGGUUGGCGAACGCUGAGCUCAGCUACGGUCCUGCUCGUGCCAUCAUUGCUCCGCACGCCGGCUACACUUACUGCGGGGAAUGUGCUGCUUAUGCCUAUCGGCAAGUGAGUCCGGCUGUAGUGAAGCGCGUCUUUAUCCUGGGACCGUCACACUACGUUCGAAUCAAGGGCUGUGCCUUAACGUCUUGCACCACCUACAAGACACCUUUCUAUGAUCUCAUAGUGGACAGGGCUGUUAAUGAGGAGCUGAGGGAGUCUCAGCAAUUCCAGUGGAUGGACUUGAAGACCGACGAGGAUGAGCACAGCAUAGAGAUGCAUUUACCAUAUGUCGCCAAAGUGAUGGAAGACUUCAAGAAUCAAUUCACUAUUGUGCCAAUUCUCGUGGGAUCUCUCACGCCAAACUGCGAGGCGACUUAUGGUGAGAUCCUGGCGCCAUAUCUCGCCGAUCCGCAGAAUCUCUUCGUGAUCUCAUCGGACUUCUGCCACUGGGGCCAGCGAUUCCGCUACACGUACUAUGAGAAGAGCUGCGGGCACAUCUACAAGUCCAUCGAGAAGCUGGACAAGUCGGGAAUGGAGUUGAUUGAGAGUCUCAAUCCGGCUGCAUUCACGGAGUAUCUCAAGAAGUACAACAACACCAUCUGCGGACGCCAUCCGAUCGGCGUCAUGAUGCAAGCGGUGCACACGCUCCAGAGCAGAGGCUACAACAUGAGCUUUAAGUUCCUCAAGUACGCUCAGAGCAGCCAAUGCAAGUCCAUGUCCGAUUCCAGCGUCAGCUACGCUUCCGGCUCUUUAAUCUUCGAAUAA